AUGUCGUCGGGCGGCACUCUCACAGCCUUGGCCGUACCGGCGACACCUACACCGCCGGUCCGCCGCAAGGUCCUGACCGAGAACUGGGACGACGAUUUUGAGUUCUCGCUUCCGGUCAAGCCAAAACGCCCAGCUCCGCCCAAGGCGCUGACGUUUGGCAGCAACGCGCGCGACAAUAGCUUUCCCCGGCCACUUGACAGCCCCGACAGCUUUGAUGAGGACUGGGAUGACCCAGGUCCAUCCCGGAGCGCGACGGCGCUCGCGUCGAGCUCAUCUUCCACGCUUCCGUCGCGCUCCAACUCGCACAAGCUCCAGGCUGGCUUGCUCAAGUUGCCCCGCUCGUCCCCAUCCCAGUCCGCCUCGCUCUCCUCCCCAACGCUAAGACGCGCUCCACUCGCGUCGAGCUCGAGCUCGUCUGGCAAUCUCCGCGCUGAUGUGUCUGCCUCGCCCAUCCGCACGCUCAGCAAGCCGCCCUCGGCAUCCGUCACCAAGAGCGACAGCGGCGACCUGAGCCUGCACGGCACAUCUCCGGCACACAAGAGCUCACCAAAUCUCGCCGACUCUCACCGUUGGACAAGCCGUGUACGGCGCACUUCAAUGCAACCUACGCGGCCUCAGAGCCCCACCAAAGGCGUGCUCAAGUCUCCUGCCAAGUCGCCAGCGAAGGAGCUGCAUGCCUCGCCAUCGUCCGAGCAGCUCAAGAAGCCAAAGUUCUGGAAGCGCCUGUCUGGCGGCGCGACGAGCAGCAACAUGACCACCCCGCCAAAGCGACCGCGCUCCUCGUCCACCGGCAACCCGUCGACACCAGGUCUACCAGACGACGCACCACCAGUGCCUCCCCUGCCGCCGAACCUGCGCACACCGAGCGUGGGAUCGUCAUCCGCGAUUUCUGCCUUGUCGUCGUCGCCGUCCUCCACGUCCAAGUCACCAGUACAACGUCUGUCUGCGAUGCUGAGGCGCUCCUCGAGCAACCUGUCGGCUGCGCUCAAGAAGAGCUCCCCAUCCCCUCCACCCCUACCUCAUCCCCCUCACCCUUGUGCUUUGCGAAAUGGGUACGACAGCUCUGCCUCUGUGUACGCACUACGCAAUGAGCGGGAGAGCUCGCCGACCGUGUACGCCCUCCAACAGGCGCAGGGAAACUCACCGUCCAUGUACGCGAUGCGUUAUGCGCAAGAGAGCUCGGUGUCCAUAUACGCCCUCCGCAACGGGCACGAGAGCGUAGCGUCCGUCGUCUCGCCCAUGGCUGCGUCGACGUCGUCCGUCAAUGUGACAAUGGGGCCGUCGCCCGCCAAGGUGUUCAGCCAAGGCCUCCGUCACUCUGCAUCACGACAGAGCCUUGUGCCCAGCACCGCGACGCCCAGUGGAGCAACGACACCUCGACGGCCCAGUCCGAUCAAGGUGGCCCAGAGCGACGUGCCGGGGCCCAGGACAUUUUCGCCUGGUUUCCACUUACCGAACACUGUUGCAGGGUCCCCUUACCGCGCCAUCGACCCACAGCUGCCCGUUGUGGCCUCGACAUCCAGGACAGCACCCGGUGGCAGCGACACGGAAACGGAAGACGACGGGUCAACAACGCCAAGGCGCCGGCGGCGCGUUAGACCCGCGUCGGCGCAGCCGCCGCCUCGCGAACUGUCAAAUGCACGAUUCAAGGAGAUCAAUGCCAGUGUUCCGGUGUUAGGGAAUGAUCACCACCAGCGCCCCCAGCUGGUUCGAAUUCCUUCGUCGUCGGUCUCUUCGCAGUCGAUUGCCCCAUCCACCGACGCCACGUCACCCGCGACCUCCGCCUCGCAUGCGAGCGUGAACGGCAACGGCUUCGGGCAUACGACUCUCAAGCGCAUUACAUCCUUCUCCAAAAAGCACGGCCGACGGCUAUCUGGAGGGUGGAAGUUUGGUUCCACCUCGUCGACAUCGUCAAUUGAGUCGGAGGUCGCGGUCAUUCAACAGGCACAGGUGCACCGAUUAGAGCCAGUCGCUGGCUCGCCGUCCAAGAUGCCCACGAUGGACAAGGACACGGUGAGCGCUCUCUCCGGAAGCUCUGCUAGGGCGAUCGACAUCAGCAGCCCAACAUCUGCCGAGCACCCGCCAGUGCCACCAGUCCCCCCAGUGCCACCAGUACCGUCAGCGAUAGCAUCUGGCACACACCCACAGUCAUCACUACCCAAGACAUCACCCAUCAAGAAAGCCAAGCAUGCAGAGAUAGAGGUUUGGGACGACUGGGACGAGCCAACAACCACGUCUCGCAAGCGCCCAAGGGAGCGUCGGCGGAUGUCAUUUGGCGACUUUGUCAUUCCCGACAGCGUGCUCGCGAAGCAGAAGGAGCUGAAGCGCGGGAUCGGCGCGGUCAAAAAAUUUGCUGGCGGCGUUGAUGCACUCAAGACACUCCUCGAGUCACACGAGCGGGUGUGCAACUACAUUCUCGCGAGCGGGACACAGGCUGAGACACGCCUCUUUGUCGCGCUUGAGAACGAGUACUCGCAGUGGUGGGAGAUGGCGACUGUGCUCAUCGAGGUAGGCUCAACGGGCACUGACGGUGCGUCCGCGAGCCCCGAGCCGAACCCACGGAGAGUAACGCUUGCCACCGAGGAUGCUAGGAUCGCGACACAGGCUCUGCGCCAGGUGUCUGGCUCGAGCAUGAACUCAUUCGCGACGACCGCGACGAACGCGUCUGGCGAGUCACGCGACGUUUUCCACAUGAACAGCAACAACGGCCCACCCCGAGCAUCGCCACCACCAGAUUUUGGCCGGGCGUCUACAGGCCGACACGACUUGUCAAAGCGCCAGCUUGAAGUUCUGCGCACCAUGCUGAGGACACCCGUUGACCGCAGCGAGUCCGUCGUGCCGUUAGUCGACCAGCGGCAUGGGUCGACCAUGACAACCAGGAGAGCGAAGCACAUGUCGAUGCCCGCUGUACCCGUCUCGAUAGUCCCUCCACCUGUGCCAACGCCGCCAAGGACCCUUGUUGCUCCGCGGGGCACACACGGCUCGCCAUCCCCAGACGCGACGUAUAUCUUCCCCUCGCCUGGGUACCCGUCGCCCAACACGGCGGCCGCGCUCGCUCAGCCGAAAAAGACAGGCUUGGCGGGGCUGCGCGAGUUCCUGCGUGGCCUCAAGAAGUCAACCCCCCCGAACAACGCGACACCAACGAGGGUGGCAAGACCCAAGCAGCCACGUAAGAGACCGGCCCCGAUCAACAUCCAGGCGGUGGAGAAGUAUGCGUCACCACCUUCUUCGCCACCAACAACCAGCGGCCCAGGCGACGAGUUCCACACCCAGCGGAGCAGCGCGUCGGGCGGCAAGAGUCCGCGGAAGGCCUUCGCGACGACCAAGAAGCGCCGACCGAGCCUCAGGAACAUGUUCCGCCCAGGCUCGGGUAACUGGUCGGACCUGGUGCGUGCGACGCCGCCCUCCUCGCCGUUCGUCGGUGACAACGGGUCGCAUCCGAGCUUGCGAGACAGCGCGCCAUCGACGCCAGCGCGAACAUCACCCGCGCUGGGCAAGUUCCCUGCGCAGGCCCUACAACGGCCCCCGAGUAUCCCAGCCCUGACGAGACUAAAAUCUAAUAGCAAACCAGGCUACGGAGUUGGUGUAGAGGAGAAUCCGAUGCGGCCAGUCCGCCGGCCCAGCGUACGCGAUAACGGCGGCAGCACAGUCUUCCCGGCCCAACCGCCCACACCGACGAUGGGCGACGCGGCGAUGAUGCCCUCGCCACCUGUCCCCGACACAGACGCGACUCUGCGCCUCAAGAACCGGGUGCGCGGUCUCGGACAUCCAUCCGAGUCGUCGCCAUCACGCGUGACCUCGUCCCCAGCGCGGUCGAGCGAGAUGCUCCCCCCCUCAGCCUUGGACGAGACGCCGCGCAGUCGCUCAGAUAACGGGCCACGAGCGCCGGACGUGAUCGCGCUCACGCCCGAAAACCUCCCCGUCCUCCUGGACUAUGUGCAGCAGUGUGAGAGGCGGCUCGACGAGUGGCGCCAGCGCGCAGACCGGCUCGGCGCCAACGGAUGA